ACCGUGAAUCCGGCAUACGUACAGUGGGACAGCACUUCGCGACUCGUGCACUUCCGGACUUGCAUCCAACAAUAUAUUUGUGAUAUGAUUCAAUAAUUUAUUAUGUGCAGCAUCAAGUGAUCGAUACAAAUCAAUAUUGUUUUAAACACAAUGUAGAGUUGUCAGUCCGGCAAAGGAAAAUGAAAGAGGGCGGUCGCGAGGAGGUGCCGACCAACGCGGAUCAGAUGACAUCAAGCAUGCGCACUGAACAUACCUGCUGUUGUCUUGGCGUGUUGGUGGGAGUCUCGCUCAUAGCCGCCCUCGUAGCUGUCAUCCUAAUGAAGGAUAACACUGUCGAGGUAACAAUACUACGACAAGUUCACGUGUUGAUGUCUCACGGCGAGCGCACUCCGAACGAGCAUGAACUCUCAAUGUUGGGGACACCACCGCCUGACCACGUCUUUGUUCCAUACGGAGCUGGUGCUUUGACUAAUGAAGGAAAAAUGUUGACAUACGAAAUGGGUGCUCUUCUUCGUAAACGAUACAAUGAUUUCAUGGGACCGUAUUACAUAGCUGAUAACACUAUGGUCAUAGCAUCUGAUACGAGGUUAAGUAAAAUGACAGCUCUGUUGAUAUCAGCUGGUUUAUGGCCUCCGCCACCAGAACAAAAGUGGAAUGAUACAUUAAUGUGGCAGCCAGUCUCAUACAUAUAUCCCACGAGAAAUGAAGAUUUCUUGCAAUAUGAAGACAAUUGUCCUAGAUAUGGGCAAGAAAAACAAAGACUCUUAAAGGCAUACAUGGAAGAGGGUCUAUUGGCGCCAUAUAAGGACUUAUUUAAUAAAGUUGCACAUCUCACUGGCACAAAUUUUUCUACACCCCAAGACGCGUAUCACCUAAGCAAUUUGUUUUUAAUACAGGAAGACAUUAAAGUACCAAAUCCGAAAUGGGCUAAGCACGUCAAAAGAAAAUUAUUAGAUGUAGCUAGAUUGGAAUAUAUGAUGAUGUUUCAAAAUAAUCUACUCAGGAAACUUAGUGGAGGUGCAUUACUAAAGCAAAUAAUAAAAGAGGCGGAAUCAAAGACAGUGGAAUCGAAUAGCCCAGCGGUAAUCGUUCGUAUCGGGACCCCUGUAUCUGUGGCUGCUUUGCUAUCAGCUUGUGUGGGUCCUCCGCCACGACUACCCGACCCAGGAGCAGCCUUGUUAUUUGAGUUACACGAAAAACUACCUUCUGCUAAGAAGACCGAUCAAAAAAGUUUACCGGAUGGACAGAAAUAUGGAUUUAAGAUCUAUUAUUGGGAUGACGACUCCGCUGAACCGCGUCUUAUGGAAGUACCUGGGUGCAACGCGUUUUGUCCCCUCGAUACGUUCAAAGACUCGACCAAAUAUAUUGUUUCCUUAGAUUAUAAGAAAGACUGUGAAGUUGUUCCUACUUAGGAUAGGAGAUUGUCCAAAUCUGUCUUGCUACAUAUUAAAUAAAUUAUUACAUAAAAAUCGCAACAAGAUGUUAUUUUGGAUUCGUCUAGGUUGUCUGGAAGAAACUGCUUUUGACAGUAAAACCACCCAUUUAUAUCUUUUGUCUUCUUGUUUUGUGACAUUGUGAUGUGUUAUGAUCUGAUGAAGUGUUAUUAUUAUACUAAGUUACUAAUACUUAGUUAUAUUUUUUUUAUUAAAAGUAUUUUUUGUAAACAGAUGUGGACAUCCCCCGUGCCUAUCUUUUGGUAGAUUAGAUUAAACAAUUGGCUUGUUCCUAUUUAUCUCGUGUGUAUUAAAGGCGAUU